UUAUCAAGAGGACCAAGCUAGAGACAGCUUCCCAUGGCCCGAAGGUGUGGUUAGUCGUGCGUUUGUCCUGAGAUCAUGGAGGCGAUGCACGGUUGCUAGGCGCGCACUAAACAACCAUAACCUCCCGUGUCAAGGCUACAGGUAUAAGUAUCUCGACCUUUUCCUCAUUCUCGCAGGUUGCGCCUUGCAACUCUUGGGCUCUCCAUCUCUUCGUUAAGACCCUUUAUCAGCGACGCCAUGACUGUGCCACAUGUCCAUCCAGGGGCCGAGUCGGGUGCCAUCCCCGGAACGGUCCACCUUGUCGACUUGGAUCAUACCAUGCACACGCGACACGCUCAGGGUGCUCAGCAAGAUAUUGUGCUUGUCCCAACACCAUCCAAAGAUCCCAAUGACCCCUUGAACUGGUCGCCUCGCAGGAAGCUCAUGUCAAGCAUUUGUUCUAACCUUUACACCUGGUUUACCGGCGUCGCGGUUAGCACGGUCUACUCUGUCCUUGUCCCAUUGUCCGGCAACACCGGUGUAUCAGUGGCUACGCUCAACGAAGGGACUGGCUAUAUGUUCCUCUUUCUCGGAUGGGGUUUAUUGUGGUGGCAGCCAUUUGCUCUGAGAUAUGGAAAACGGCCAGCCUAUCUGCUCUCUAUCCUCGGCGGCAUUGGAACCAGUAUAUGGAGCGCCUAUGUCAAGAGCAAUGGAGAAUGGAUCGCUCGAUGCAUUCUCAUGGGCUUCUUUAUCGCACCAAUUGAGGCACUCCCUGAAAUCUCUGUCACCGAUAUCUAUUUUACCCAUCAGAGAGGCACCUGGAUGGGCGUUUACGCCUUUACCCUUGCUGGCAGCAACUACUUCACGCCCGUCAUCUGUGGCUUCAUCGCAGAGUACCAGGGUUGGAGGUGGCCGUUCUACUGGGCGGCCAUCUUCCUCGCCGUCAUAUUCGUCUUCCUCUUCUUCUUCAUGGAAGAGACCAACUACAACCGGGCUACUUCUGGGGUCGUCUCGGGAACUGACUCGCCGCCUUCAGAGCAGACAAUGAGGGCCGAUGCUGAGAAGAACCCCGGUAUGGCAGGCACCAACCUUACUCAGCCGUCUGCCGAGGACGGGGAGGUCGUUGCUGCCCCCAAGACCUUUACUGAAAAGCUGUCAGUCUGGAACCCUACUCCGGGAAAGAGCAUGUGGUCGCGUGCUGUUCGGAGCUUGAAGUACCUCGGCUGGCCUGUCAUUUUCUAUGCCGGGUUCUCCUACGGUUCAUAUCUCAUCUGGUUCAACGUUCUCAACGCUACAGCAUCCAUCAUUCUGGGUGGCCCGCCUUACAAUUUCUCCGCGUCGAUGGUGGGGCUCAGCUACUUGUCUUGUACGAUAGGCGUCAUUGUCUGUUCCCUUCUGUCCGGCAGGCUGAGUGACUGGUUGACCAUCAAGCUUGCCCGCCGAAACAACGGCAUCAUGGAAGCUGAACAGCGCCUGUGGCCCUUCGUUCUCUGCAUGGUUCUUGUACCUGGUGGGCUGAUCCUCUGGGGUGUUGGAGCCGCACAAGGUAUCCAUUGGUUUGGCCUCAUGAUUGCGAUGGGAACUGUGGCUGGAACCCUUUGUUUCGGAGUGACGCUCAGUGUCAACUAUCUCAUCGACAGCUACCACGACAUCAGUGGCGAUGCUCUUGUGACUGUUAUCAUCGUCCGAAACACCAUGUCGUUCGCCAUCAGCUAUGGAAUUACGCCCUGGUUGACGAAUCUUGGCUACCAGAACUGCUUUAUCUCUGCCGCGUUUGUCGGCAUGGCAGCUUCUUCGGUCUUCUUCGUCAUGAUCAAGUAUGGCAAGGGGCUCCGCGCAAAGAGUGCUACGAGAUACUGGGCCCUGGUGGCCGAGGAGAAGGCGGCAGAGUCCAAACUGUAGGUAGAUAUAAGGAAGCAGCGGAGGCAUGGAGUUGAGUGAUAGGCUUCCUCGUGAUCGUAUUUGAACGGGGAACCACGCAUGCAGUUUAUAUCAGUAGCGUCCUGUACGUAUAAAAAUGUA